AUGACCUAUUCUCUCUCCCCAUCGCCAGCGGAGGUACGCGAGCACGCGCGUUCCGGCAAGUUGCGUGGCCACACGUCGGGCAUGUGUCCGGGACACGUGCAGGCCAACGUCCUGAUCCUUCCGGCGCAGUACGCUGCCGACUUCCGGCGCCUCUGUGUGCGGAACCCCGUCUCCUGCCCGUUGUUGGCCGAGAGUGUACCGGGCAACAAAGGAUUUCCUGACGGUGUGGCGGAUGGAGGGGACAUCACAACCGAUGUGCCGGGAUACAAGGUGUAUCGUGAUGGCAAGGUCGUGGAGGAAGAGGUGGCCGAUGUGCGGGCGUACUGGCAGGAAGACAGUGUGGCUUUCCUUAUCGGGUGCUCAUUCACGUUCGAGGACGCGCUGGAGGAUUCUGGGCUGCGCGUCCGACAUAUUGAAGAGCGUCGCAAUGUGCCCAUGUAUGCCACGCGCAUCCCCCUCAUGCCCAGCGGCGUAUUUUCGGGAAAUACCGUCGUGUCCAUGCGCCCGUAUUCAGCUGAGAAUGUCGAGCGCGUGCGUGCCGUCACGCGGCCGUACGUGCGCACGCACGGCGAACCCAUUGCCUGGGGAUGGGACGCACUGGACAAACUCGGUAUUGCCGAUAUCAACAGGCCGGAAUAUGGGGACGCGCCCGUCAUCCGUGAUGGCGAGGUGCCAGUGUUCUGGGCGUGCGGCGUGACCCCGCAGUUGGUCGUGCUCAACUCGAACAUCGAGGGGGUUGUGAUCGGGCAUGCGCCAGGCAAGAUGUUGUGCCUCGACUGGCGCGUCGAGGAUAUCCUUGCCGAGUAG